CGUGCGUGCAGCUAUAUUGCAUUUGCUGCAUUGCAAUAUUGCUCCACAUCUCUGCGACGAUAUCUGUCGCUAAAAUUGUGCAUUUUAACGAUUUCUUCACUGCACUGGAUUUAUUUUGCAUGGAUUAUCAAAUCCUGAUGUAGUCAAGGAUGGGAAAAUCUCAGAGUAGGCCAGGAUCAAACUGGUCUUGGAGUUACAAAAGAAGAGAAAAUCCAGAAGGUGAUUCUUACAUCUUGAGAGGGUGUAUCAAUGCACGGUAUCGAGAUUCAGAAGAGCAUCUUUGGACAGCUGAUGGGUCACCUGACCACAUACCAGGCUGUAAAAACAACCACCAUGGCCAACCUUAUGAAUGCAGCCGUAGACAGUCAGAGAGACCAAUGAAUUUACACCGAGACAUUUGCUCACUAAAAGUGGACCUACCCCCUGAGGUGACUGGUUCUCGAUGCAGUCUCAAGGUUCAAUCCAGAGUGGAGGACUCUCCUACCAAAAAACAACCGCCUGCAUCCCCUUCAUCGCCAACCAUUGGGGCAGUAGACUGUGAUGUCUCAUUAGAUGCAGAGAAAGAGACACAGGAAUGGGCGUUCACUCUAUAUGAUUUUGAUGGGCACAGGAGAAUCACAAGAGAGGACCUGUCAAGCAUACUGAAAUCAAUCUCUGAGGCUCUCGCAUGCUCCAUCAUACUGCCCCCUAGUGGUAGCCGCAAGCUGAAGUUGCGGCUCUCCAUGGUUUCCGACCAUGAGACAGACACUCGCAAGAAGAUGGCAGACAAAGCCAGCCAGCCAAGUACACCAAGCCAUGACAAUCUCAGCCAGCAGCACUCGGUCGGGACGCAGUCCACCUCGCUCCCGUCCGCAUCUCCGCUGGAUGCGUCGCCACUCUUCAACAAGCAGGAGAACAAGGAGAAUUUAUUUAACCGUGCCAGGGAUCGUGGGGAUGUCCCUUCCCAUAGGCAUAGCUUCAACGUGAAUCACCAGUGUUGGCGGAAGGAGGAGAAGAGGUCGCGAAGGUCGAAGCAUCGGUCUCACUCGAUGGCACCUGCGGACGUGACGGUGCCCUUGUAUGCUGAUCAGCAGGCUAGCCCUGAACGACACCAUCGGAAAGCAAGGAAAUCCACUUCAGCCUUGGACCAUGGGACCAGUAAGAUGACUCCCUCUAAACAGACGAGCAAUGCCGGUACAAAUUGUGUGCCAGUUGAGCGCCCUCAGGAAAACGCAGAGAGACGCAGCUACUACCAAGAGCUGGCUGGUAUCGAUCACCAGUGCACGAAUCACGAACGAGAUCCAGCAGCGCAGGACAAGGAUCCUGAGACUGAACUACCCCUUGGUGCCUCAGCUAGCAGUCCAAACCAAGUGAGCCAUAGACAUUUGAAAACAAGCCCCCAUCAUCGGAGGGCAAAGACUUGUGAUCCCCAAGUGCAUGGUCUCAGGAAACAAACCCUUCAUAUGAAUCAGGAAUUGUUUGCCAAGUAUGAGUAUGCCCAAAGACACCACAAAGACUAUCACAUGCAGCUGCUGGAAGCGUCCAGGACACGGCUUGAAGGUAUGCAGCCCGUGCAGGCGUUUGCCGCUGGCACCGACGCGGCGUUCUGCCACCACAGCCCCAAGCGGCAUAGCUUCCCGGCGGGACCGGUGAAGGUGGUCACCACCCAGGUUGUUGCACCGGCGGUGCAGGCGGCACCCGUGAACAGGGGGAAGCACCGGAGGAGAUCGCGGCGACACCACACCCUGCAACCUUUGACAGUGAUGAAGCAUGAGGUCAUGGAGAAAUCAGAAGGGGUGGGGUAUUCCCCUGUCCCACAAAAACACCAACACCAUCAUCAUCAUGAACACCAUCAUCACCAUCACUAUCAUCACUACCAUGAUAUUGACUGACUGAUUUAUUUAUGAAAUGAAUAGUAAUGUAUACUACUAGAUAGUUCCCUGUAAAUUAAUUCAAUAGCAUUUUAUCAAUUUUCAUUUAAGAUGAAUGAUUAGAUGUCAAUUACGGUAUUAUAUUUCUAUAGACUUUUCUAUUACUUAUAUAGAAAGAUGAUGUGUAUGAUAGCUAGGAUGAUUGUACUGAAGAUAGUCGAGAAAGGUUAUUACAUUAUGAUGUAAAGGAAUGUACAUGUAUCGAAAUCGACCACACCCCCCCCCCCUCCCUUUCAAUCUAAAAUAAAAUUAAUCAUUAUAUUUUACAAUUAAUUUUAAUCUUAGCAUAUAACUAUGAAUACAUGUAUUAGUUGUUACAUUUUAAUCCAUUGUACUGUACAUACUACACAGCCAAGUUUAAAGUCACCCAGAUAUCUUGUAAAUUAUCUUGUUUGGCAGUUAUAUAUUUCAAAGAUAGAUUCAGUAUUAUUUGAGAAGAGUUGUAUAUCUCUAUAAAGCCUUGACGUUUCUGUAACUCUUGUUUUACACAUGAUUAUUAUGGAUGAAAAUUUAAUAUGUUAGUCUUCUCUUCUCACAUUAAUAUGAGAUUAUUAAGUAGUCGUCAGUCAGUAGUUUCGAGAGGUUACUGUUACUUGAAUAAUGUUGUGGAUUAGAUGCAAAUUUUUAAUUUGAAGUUGUUUUAUCAAUCAAUGGUAUGCACUGACUUGAUUGGCUUUACUAAAUAAUCAAUUUUCUUGUGCAUGGCACCCAACUAUGGCUAUACAAAGCAUGUAACAAGCCUGGUACCUAUGGCCCUUACAGCUGACUUGUGUAUUUUAUAAUUAACAACUCGUAAAUUGCCUAGUCAUCCUGAGUGACAAUAUCACAGUACCAUAACGUAUAUAUUGGCAAGAAAGACAAUAAAAUUCUAAAGUAAAAAAAAA